CACUUUUCUUUACUUCUUUACUCUUCCUCCCCUUCUUUCUCCCUUGCUUAUCUGUAUUUGUGUAUUUGUGUAUGCAUUUGUCAAUCUGUAACCCUUUUCUUUCUUUUCCCUUGUCUCUCCCUGAAUUCGAUUCCAUUUUUCUCGUGUAGACUCUCACUUUCGACAGCUUACUCUCGACUCUCAAUUCUAACGCUCUCCUACUUCACUUCUCAACUUCCUUCUUCCUCACUCUCCUAUUCUUCUGUCAUCUCCUAUUCUCCUUUCAAGACAUUCAAUCCGGCUCGCUUUCUACAUUUUAUUUUCUUUCCUUUCCUUCCUUUCCUUUCCUUUCCUCUCCUUAUCCUUUAUUAUUAUUAUUAUCUUUUUUUUCUUUUCUUUUCUUUUUUUUUUCUUUUAUAAUACAUUAUGACAUAUCGUCGCAAUAGCCCUCCGAUUGCUGAAGAAUCGGCCGUCUCUGCAUUUGCACCUGCACCUGUAAUGACUGGGUCUGGAGCAAACAGCAACAGCAGCUCCAGUCUUUCCAGUGUCAAUAGCCUCAAUAGUCUUCUCGCCUCAUCCAGCACAAUCACCACAACCGCAGCAGCCACUGCAUUAACAUCAGGCUCUUCUACGGCUGUCCUGGCCAAUGGCAAUACAAGCCCACUUGCUAAUACCUCUCCCACAUCCUCCACUUACUUCCCUACAUCCCCUGUCCGCAACAAAUCGAGGACAUCCUCGGUCAGUUCUUCCUCGACUAUUACUCAGCCUUUCCAUAAUCUGCUACAAAUCAGUACCGGAAUAUUGCCAAAGAGACACGCCGCUCCCGUAUCAGUGGCACCAACACUCUCAACCGCCUCUGCUACCUCUUCACUUUCCUCUGCUGCUUUUGCUACUCCAUCACCCUCGCCUACAUCCAACACUAGCAAACAUACCAUGGCCAACGGACUCAACACCAAUCAUAGCAACGGAAGCUCCGCAUCAAUCGACUCUGUCCAUGGUCGAUCCACUGCAACCACAAACCCCAUUCUGGUCUUGGAACCCAUUAACGACAAUUUCGCUCUCAAAUCACUUGAGCUACCAGAAAAUACUCGUGUCAAAAUUGGUCGCCAGACCGGAGUUACCACGGCACCUAACCCAUCCAAUGGCUAUUUUGACUCCAAAGUCCUUAGCAGAGUCCAUGCCGAAGUUUGGGCUGAGAAUGGCAAGGUCUUUAUCCGCGAUGUCAAGUCGAGCAACGGUACUUUCUUGAAUGGAAAACGUCUCUCAGCAGAGAAUGUUGAGAGUGAACCAUUUGUUCUGAACCAGAAUGACCAUCUCGAAUUCGGUAUCGACAUUAUGGACGAGAAUGGCUCCUUGCUACACGAGAAGGUUGCCUGCAAGAUUUAUAUCUCCCGAAUGUCAUAUCCCACUCCUGGAGGCUCACCUCAAGAGACUCACGCAAAACUCAAGUCUAGCUCUCCUUUAGGAUCCGGCCCAAAUUCUGUCAAAUCCAGCUCAGGUUCAGGCGUCGGUGUUGCUGGUCAGAGUACUAAUAUUGAUCUCAUCAUCUCGCGUCUCCAGAACGAAUUGACACGUUCACAAGAAACCAAUGCUGAUCUUGGAGCACUUAAGCAAGGUCUGGGUGAACUAGAACGUGCUAUCCUUAUCCCUAAUAAGGAAGAUGGGAAGAUAGCGAAUGUUCAGUCUACUCCCGCAAUUGAGUAUCAGAAGCUUAUUGAGGAAAACAAUCAGGCUCAUGCUGAAGAGCUUGCUAAAGUGAACAAGGUGCUGGAAGAAACCCAGGCAGAAUUGGAGGCGUAUAUUCAAAAAAUUCAGCUUUUGGAACCAUUGGUUGCGGAGGACGAAAUCCUGAGACGUGACAUUGCUCAGAGUAUUGCCGAGUUGACAAAAGUCAGAUUGGAACGCGACCUUACCAAAGACAGCAUGAACGAAUUGAUUACUGACCACCAGCAGGCGAUGGAAUGCCUCCGUAAGGAACAUGAGGCUACCCUGGCUGCAUUGGAGACAGUUCAUAAGGAAAGCUUGGACUGCGUAGCGCGUGAAGCUUCGUCAGCACGGGAACUGUUGGCGUCAAGGUAUCAUGAUGAGCUGUCCAAGGCGCUUGAAUUCUCCUCAGCGACGUCUCAAACCGAGGUUAUCCAGGCAGAGGAAGUAUCACGUCUACGAGCUGAGGUUGCGGCUCUAAAGGUUGAAGUUGGUACAUUGCAGGAGAAGAACGAAGAGCAACACAAGAUGAUCCAAGAACUGACAAACGAGAAGACUGCACUUGCUCAGGAACUUACAGAGACAAAGACUGUAGCUGCGAAUGCUGAGAAGGAAUUGUCAGAAGCUAAGGCUGUAACUGCCAAAACUGAAGAGGAGCUGUCGAAGGCUAAAGCAAAGGUUGUGGAGACUGAGAAAGAACUAUCAGAGGCAAAGGCUGUGGUGACCAAGACUGAAAAGGAGCUUAAGGAAAUGCAAGAAAAGCACCACACCGCUCAGGGAGGGCUCUCCGCAUUAACACCAACCUCACCAACAUCAACUACUGUAAUUUGCAAGAAUCCAGAGUGUCGUGGUCAGAGCGAUAAUCAAACUGCAACUACUACUACUUCUACAGGCACACGUAGAGGAUUGUCCAAGGAGCUGAUAACGCGCAACGAGUUUUCAUGGGCCCAAUUUAUGUUCCCAAUAGGCAAAAGGGACAUGCUGCAACCUCCGCAGUCAGCAAUCCUCGUAUCUGGCGGAUGCAUGCUUGUGGGUAUUGGCGUGUAUGCCAUUUGGCACAAGAGUGGACUCUCAGCGCGUGCAUAGGCUGAACAUGUGUCAGGUGUAGACUUUUGCUAAAAAAAAAAAAAAAAAAAAAAAA